ACAUAACUUUUUGACUUUUUUAAAACCUGCUUGUUGGUUUUCCUCAUUUAUCUCACAAUAUUUUCAUCCUGGGAGUUUCAAACGUUGCUCAGUGUAGCCUUGUAAAAAGCACUGCGCCUUGCUUGUCGACACCAAAGUAAAGAUUUCGUUUCUCUUCGCGAAAGAACCACUACUACUGUUGCCUGUUGGGGAAGAUUUUCUCGUCAAUACAAAUCAAUUUUGUUGGUGAAUUUCUAAAUGCGAUUAUCAUGACUUUGAUGACAUUAUUUGGAUGCAUUUUGAUUGCAUUUGGUCCGGCGACUGUCAUAUUUAUUAUCGCAAUCGCACGCGAUCACUUUCACGUUAUUAUAAUGAUAUCAAGCGCUUUCGUUUGGUUGCUCUCCUUGCUGUUGUCAUCCGUAUGGUGGACAGUCAUCUCUCCUCUGAAAACGAAACUUGCUUUUGCUGUGACAUUUUCUGUCUUAUUUCAAGAGGUGUUUCGCUGUGCCUUUUUUUUAUUGAUCAAGAAAGCUGAAGAAAGCGAGCUGGUUUUGCUGGCAUCUAAUUCGUCAGUGCUGUUUAAACACAAGACUGCUUUUGCAUCAGGCUUGGGUUAUGGCAUCAUGAGUGGUCUAUUUGCCAUGGUGAAUGUACUUGCCGACAUUACUGGUCCUGGUUCGCCAGGCCUUAAUGGAGAAUCACCACAGUUCUUGAUUAUAUCAGCACUUUUGACGUGUGCUUUUAUAUUGUUGAAUAUAUUUUGGGGAGUCAUUUGGUUUGAAAGCUGCAGUCAAAAAAAAUAUGCUUAUCUUAUAGUUGUCGUUUGUUCUCAUCUUUUCGUCUCUUUAAUGACAUUGCUCAACAAGAAGAAAAAUUAUCUUGGCUCCAUGUUGUCCGUGUAUUUAGUUCUUGUUUUUAUCUCUGCAAUGGCAUUUAAAGUGGCGGGUGGAAGCUUACGAAACAUUCACUCUGCUUGUUCUAAAAAAUUACCAUCUCACUUGGAUGAAGAAGUUUCUGUUGUCAGUCCAACAACUUAAGAUUGCACUCAAGGAAUAUGGUCGGAUACAAACAGGUAUUUUUGGUUAUGAAGAGAUCAUGUAAAUAAAUCGUAAAUCCAAA